AUGGGAAAGACAAAAGAGUUGUCACACCAACCUGCAGCUUUGCCUCAAUUGUCACAGCCUGCAAACAUUGCUGUUCAAACAGACAAUGUUCCUGUUGUUGACGAACCCGAGUCACCGCUCCCUGAUGCCCUACUAGAUGACACCACGAGCGUUCUCGACGACGGCCGUGUCUCUCUUAACCUCAACUCAAAGCUCGCCCAGGUUUUUGCGAAACUUAUUGAAGCCUCCGAGGAUGAAGAAUAUGUUAUCGAACCUCCCCCGGCCUACUCAACCAUUUCGGAUCUAGAGGCGUGGAGACUGCCUCUGAACAUUGUGAUCCAGAUCGUUGGUAGCCGUGGGGAUGUUCAGCCAUUUGUUGCUCUUGGACAAGAGUUGCAGCGUUAUGGACAUAGAGUUCGCCUGGCGACUCACAAUGUCUUCAGACAGUUUGUUGAGAAUGCAGGACUGGAGUUUUAUUCUAUUGGAGGCGAUCCAGCGGAACUAAUGGCGUACAUGGUCAAGAAUCCAGGAUUGCUUCCUCGCAUGAGAGCUCUACGAGAAGGAGAAGUGAGCAAAAACAGAAAGAUGAUCCGGGAGAUACUUGACGGAUGUUGGGCUUCGUGCAUUUUACCCUCAGAAAGCGGAGAUCCAUUCGUUGCCAAUGCCAUAAUCGCUAAUCCUCCAUCAUUUGCCCACAUUCAUUGUGCCCAAGCACUUGGAGUCCCCGUUCACAUCAUGUUCACCAUGCCAUGGAGCCCGACUCGAGCGUUCCCCCAUCCUCUAGCGAAUAUCAGGAAUAGCAGUACUGAUCCAAAGCUAGCGAAUUACAUUUCAUACGGCAUGGUCCAGUUGUUGACCUGGAAUGGAAUUGGUGACAUUGUUCAAAAUUGGAGGAAAUCAAUCGAUCUGGAAGCUGUACCGAUGUCUGAAGCUCCUUUCCUAAUGGAGACUCUUCAGGUUCCUCACACUUACUGCUGGUCUCCUGCACUAGUCCCCAAGCCCAAAGACUGGGGCAAACAUAUUGAUGUCUGCGGUUUUAUACGUCCAGAUCCAGCCCUGUACACGGUACCAGUUGACCUCGACACAUUUCUGAAAUCAGGGCCAACCCCUGUCUACAUUGGCUUUGGUAGUAUCGUGAUAGAAGAUCCUGAGAAGCUCCUUCAGAUAUUACUCGAUGCGAUCAAUGAAUGUGGUGUUCGAGCCAUUAUCUCGAAAGGAUGGAGCAACCUGGAGAGCGAGGAUGUUGGUGAAAAUGUCUUCUUCCUCGAGGAAUGUCCUCACGAGUGGUUGUUUCAACAAGUCUCUUUGGUAGUUCACCAUGGCGGAGCUGGGACUACGGCUUGCGGGCUCAUAAACGGCCGACCAACUGUCAUUGUGCCAUUUUUCGGAGACCAGCCGUUCUGGGGCAAUGUGGUUGCCGCUUCCCGAGCCGGACCACCUCCGAUCCCUCAUAAGAAACUAAGUAGCAAGAAUCUUAGCAGCUCAAUCCGGUAUUGCUUACGCGAAGAGGCUCAACAAGCUGCAAAGGCUGUGGCUGAAAAGAUGACGACUGAACUGGGAGUUAAGGCUGCAGUUCAUUCGUUCCAUCGGCAUUUACCAGUCGACGAUAUGGGUUGUGAUUUGAUCAAGGGAUUACCUGCCACUUGGGUGUACAGGAGAUCGAAGACUUUUCUCAAAAUUUCUGGGGCUGCAGCCGAAAUUUUGAUUCAAGCACGGAGGAUUAAGGCAGAAGACCUUCGGCUGUACAAAUCAAAACCGUUCAUCAUUGAGAACCGCAGAUGGGACUUUCUUACUAGCUCACUCGCGGUCUCGAUGGAGAUGUCGUAUGACAUCCUGGCCGCUCUCAGCGGGUUUUGGAGAAACCCGCGAGCAAUUCGCAAGCAGAAAGAUAAAGAGCGUGCCUUGAGUCGUGCAUCAUCUCAUCAAACAACGUCUGGUAACGAAAAUGAUCCCGGGGAAGGCCCAAGCAAAGAAAUUGCAAAGAUGGUGGGGGCCUCUGCUAUGAGUAUUUCUCACAUUACAGGAAUUGUGAUAAAGGGAUCCUUGGUCGACAUCCCAGUCGCAGUUGCCGAAGGUUUGCGGAAUACGCCAAAACUCUACGGUCAGGAAGUGCCCGAUCAUGCCUCUGUGACCGACUGGAAGAGUGGUCUCGCAGUUGCUGGAUCAACUUUCGUCCACCAAAUGGCUGAGGGACUUACAGAUCUUGUGGUGCAGCCAGCGAAAGGUAUCGCCAAAGAAGGGAUAGUUGGUUUUGGCAAAGGGAUCGGUAAAGGAGCAUUGCAGACCGCGACAAAACCAACAGCAGCAUGCAUGGGGCUUAUCGGCUACACUGGUCAAGGGAUCUACAAGUCAAUCUAUGCGGCAGUUCAUUCGAAGACCAAAAAGUCCGUCGCAUCCGCCCAGCGGGUGCAAGACAAAUAUUUUAUCCGCGCGAUCGGCAUGGACAUUAGUGCCGACGAAGUUGUGGAAGCAUUUGAUCUGCUCUGUCGACUGCGUACUGGACCUACUACUACUGGCUCUAGUGAUGGGCACACUCCACCGAUAGCAUCUAGAACACCAAGUCAUAUUUCGACGCAAACGCAACCAUCGUUACCGCUGUUACCAAUUGUGGCCGACGAUCGAGCAUCAACUCAUGAAGACAACAUCCCGUAG